AUGGCGAGUUCCCCCAGCCCAACCAAGAAACUGUCAGCGUCGGCGUCGACCGCCGGCCGGCCACCUCAGGCAGUGAAAUUCGCUCGCCGGACGUCGAGCGGCCGCGUCGUCAGCCUGUCGCGGGACGACGACUUGGACAUGUCCGGCGAGUUCGCGGGCCCCAGUGACUACAUCAACUACACGGUGCUGAUGCCGCCGACGCCGGACAACCAGCCAGGUGCCGACGCGUCGUCGUCGGACUCGAAGCCCGACGGAGCGGGAUCUUACGGGUCGUCGUCUCGGUUCGGGUCUGAUUCGCAGCGGGUGGGAAUGGGGGGCCGGCGGGCGGGGGAGGGGGGCGGGGGUAUGGGUAAUAAAAUGGAUCGGAGCAUGUCCAUAAUGAAUUCGAACAAGUCGAUACUGCUGAGGAGUCAGACGGGGGACUUUGAUCACAACCGUUGGUUGUUCGAGUCGAAGGGAACGUACGGCAUCGGGAACGCGUUCUGGUCGGAGGAGGAGGAUCCGUAUGGGCCGGAUGGUGGGGUGUCCAUGUCCGAUUUUAUGGAGAAGCCCUGGAAGCCACUCACCCGCAAACUAAGAGUUCCUGCUGCCAUUCUCAGCCCAUACAGGUUACUGAUGGUAGUGCGUCUUGUAGUUCUGUUUUUGUUCCUGUCAUGGCGGCUUCGAAACCCAAACCCGGACGCCCUGUGGUUGUGGGGAAUGUCGACGGUGUGCGAGAUAUGGUUCGCCUUCUCAUGGGUUCUGGACCAGCUCCCCAAGAUCAACCCCGUAAACCGCUCCACCGACCUCGCCGCCCUCGCCGAGAAGUUCGACCAGCCCUCCCCCUCCAAUCCCACCGGCCGCUCCGACCUCCCCGGCGUCGACGUAUUCGUCUCCACCGCCGACCCGGAAAAGGAACCCCCUCUCGUGACCGCCAACACCAUCCUCUCCAUCCUCGCCGCCGACUACCCCAUCGAGAAGCUCUCCUGCUACAUCUCCGACGACGGCGGCGCCAUCCUCACCUUCGAGGCCAUGGCCGAGGCCGUCAAGUUUGCUGAGGUGUGGGUACCUUUCUGCCGGAAGCACAAAAUCGAGCCAAGGAAUCCCGACAGCUACUUCAACUUGAAGACGGAUCCCACCAAGAACAAGAAAGUGCAGGACUUCGUGAAGGACCGGCGGUGGAUCAAGCGAGAGUACGACGAAUUCAAGGUCAGGAUUAACGGCCUCCCGGAAUCGAUACGCAGGCGGUGCGAAGCUUACAACUCCAGGGAGGAAAUAAAGGAGAAGAAAUUGGCCAGAGAAAAGAACGGGGGAGCACUGCCGGCGGAGCCGAUCAAGGUGACCAAGGCUACAUGGAUGGCGGACGGCACCCACUGGCCAGGCGCCUGGUACAAUCCCUCCGCCGAUCACUCCAAGGGAGAUCACGCUGGGAUAUUACAGGUGAUGGUAAAGGUGCCGGAGAACGAUCCGGUGAUGGGGCAUGCAGACGAGAAGGCGUUGGAUUUCACGGGGGUUGACAUUAGGCUGCCCAUGUUUGCGUACGUGUCGAGGGAGAAGAGGCCUGGUUACAACCACAACAAGAAGGCGGGAGCCAUGAACGCCAUGGUUAGAGCUUCCGCCAUACUCUCCAAUGGGCCCUUCAUACUCAACUUGGAUUGCGACCAUUACUUCUACAACUCCAUGGCAAUCAGGGAGGGAAUGUGCUUCAUGAUGGAUCGCAGCGGCGACCGCGUUUGCUACGUUCAGUUCCCCCAGAGAUUCGAAGGCAUCGACCCAUCCGAUCGUUACGCCAACCAUAACACCGUCUUCUUCGACGGUAACAUGAGAGCACUGGACGGGUUGCAAGGGCCGGUGUACGUGGGGACGGGGUGCAUGUUCCGGCGGUUUGCCCUGUACGGAUUUCACCCGCCGAGAGCAAACGAGUACUCGGGUGUGUUCGGACAGAACAAGAACCCCGCCCAGAUGCAGCAGGCUGGGGAAAUGGAGGACUCCGACACCCAGCCCUUAACUGGCCAUCCCGACUUGAACCUGCCCAUGAAGUUUGGGAACUCAACUAUGUUCACCGACUCCAUCCCCGUUGCUGAGUAUCAAGGCCGCCCCCUCGCCGACCAUUCCUCCGUCAAGAACGGCAGGCCCCCCGGCGCCCUCCUUCUCCCUCGUCCACCCCUCGAUGCCCCCACCGUUGCUGAGGCUGUCGCUGUCAUCUCCUGCUGGUACGAGGACAAAACUGAAUGGGGAGACAGGAUAGGGUGGAUCUACGGAUCGGUGACGGAGGACGUGGUGACCGGUUACCGAAUGCACAACCGGGGGUGGCGCUCCGUGUACUGCAUCACGAAGCGCGACGCCUUCCGUGGCACCGCCCCAAUCAACCUGACGGACAGACUCCACCAGGUGCUCCGGUGGGCGACGGGGUCCGUGGAGAUAUUCUUCUCCCGGAACAACCCGGUGCUGGCGAGCCCUCGCCUGAAGUUCCUGCAGCGCAUAGCGUAUCUGAACGUGGGCAUCUACCCCUUCACCUCCAUCUUCCUGGUGGUCUACUGCUUCCUGCCGGCCCUCUCCCUGCUCUCCGGCCACUUCAUCGUGCAGACCCUCAACACCGCCUUCCUGUUGUACCUGCUUACCAUCACCGUCACCCUCACCAUGCUGUCCCUGCUGGAGGUGAAGUGGUCGGGGGUGGGGCUGGAGGAGUGGUGGCGGAACGAGCAGUUCUGGGUGAUCGGUGGGAGCAGCGCCCACCUGGCGGCGGUGCUGCAGGGGCUGCUCAAGGUCAUAGCCGGCAUCGAGAUAUCGUUCAAGCUCACCUCCAAGUCGGCGGCGGAGGACGAGGACGACAUAUUCGCCGACCUGUACGCGGUGAAGUGGACCAGCCUCUUCAUAAUGCCGCUGACCAUAAUAGUGGUGAACAUAGUGGCGGUUGUGAUAGGGUUUUCGAGGACCAUAUACAGCGUGAUACCGGAGUGGAGCAAGCUGCUGGGUGGGAUCUUCUUCAGCUUCUGGGUGCUAGCUCACAUGUACCCUUUUGCCAAAGGGUUGAUGGGGAGGAGAGGCAAGGUGCCCACCAUUGUGUAUGUGUGGUCUGGCCUCGUUUCCAUUACUGUGUCUUUGCUUUGGAUUUCCAUCAGCCCUCCCACCGGCAGCAGCAACGCCUCCGGCGGUAACGUUUCCGUAUGA